AUGGCCUCCAGUGUGACUACCGAUGCUUCCCUGAAGUAUAUGAUUGUCUCGGAUAAUUUCAAAACCGAGAAGCCAUACUCAUGCGCAGUGCCAUUCUCACAAGAUCCAUCCAAGACGACGAAUAUCACUGAACGUGCAUUCGACGUCUCCGUAACAGAUGUCAGAACAGUUUCGUCGGAGCCUACUCUAAAUAUCGAGGGCUUUGAAUUCAUCCGGCACGAGUUCUACAAUCAACCUGACGGCAAAAUCGAGGGACCUGACCAUCCAUACCUGAUUGAAGUAGCCGAAAUGUUGAAAGCUCGCCUGGGCGCAAGCGACGUGAUUGUCUACGACUGCAAUGUGCGCAAGCUCGGCAACAGUGGCUUCUUCCAGGCUGCGACAUUCUGGAGGCCCAUCUCGCAUCCAGUGACUGAUUGCCCGCUUGCUGUUUGUGAUUACACCUCCAUUUCCAAAGAAGACCUGCACCUAGUCGAUACCGUUCUGCCUCACCGGGUGAACGAGAUCUAUCAUCUGGUUCACAAUCCUGCCCACAAGUGGUAUUACAUGAGUGACCAAACGCCAACCGAAGGGAUUUUGAUGAAGAUUUACGAUACAGAUGAUAGCUUUUCUAAAUUUUCUGCUCAUGCUGCAUUCAAAAUCACCCAGAGAGAAGGAAUUGCGGGUCCACCAAGACAUAGUGCCGAUGUCCGGGCAUUUGUUUUGUUUUCUCAAUGA